UAAAAAUUGAAAGUGACUCACGAGUCAUGACAACCCGCUCUCACCGCCCGCCGGAUCAAAGCAACCCGCUUAAAGUCACUUUCACACUAUUUCUUAGACCCGACCCGCAUAGCCAUCAGAUCCGCAGCACUACCCCAGUGUCCACCUUCCCGAUUAAACGCUCCAAUGGCUAUCGUUACUCACAAAAUUUCACCAUUGUCUGCAAAAUGCAAGUACCUUUCUCUCUCUAACUCUCUCUUACUUCCUCACACACUCACACACUAGUUGCCGUAUGAUCCAAUAUAUACAUAUAAGCACACUUAUUUUUUUGUCACAAGUCGCGGCAUUUUGUAGAAUAAUUGAGAAUUACGUACAACAUAAUUCCGUAGAAUUAAUUUACUCAUCAUUUUUAGCUCUUAAUUUUUGCUGUUGAUAGUGUAUUUUAUUACUUGAGGUUUGUUUUCCCCGUUCUUCGGUUAACAGUAGGAUGCGCGCUUGUAGAUUUUUGUUUAUAUUAUUAUUCUUCUUUGUUUUUCAGGUUUUGCUGUUUUCUUUCCCUUCUUCUUCUUCUUACUCGAUUUUUUUUUUGAUACAAUGUGAUCCAUUUUUGUUAAGAUGCAUUUUGUGCUUUGCAUGUUAAAAGAUUAACAGAUUUUUAUAUGUGCUUAAUAUUCACAAUAAAACUGUUAGUAAAUUGUAAAUGUAAAUCUUCUUGGACAUUCUUUCUAAAAGUGUAAUCCAUUUAAAGUAAUGUGAAUCCGUAUGAAAUUACAUGUGUACUUCUCAAAAGCCUUACCUUAUCCAUAGGGGAAAAAAAAGUUGUCAUAUUCAGGCUGCCAUCAUUACCCCUAUCAAAAUCAUCUACUAUUGCUAUAUUAGUUCUGGGACAUAGCCUUGAUUUCGAGAUUCACUUCUUUUUCAUGUUAUCUGACCCUAAUUAUGUCUUAUUUUACUAAAAGGGGCUGAAAUUCACGUUUUUUGUCUAAUUUUGAUUUUCUCUAUCGUAAACCAUCCUUUACUCUUGUAGAAUGUAGCUGGUCUAGACUAGUGACUUUUUGUUUCGGUGCGAGAAAAUUUUGUGCAUGUGAUCUAUGGCUGAAGUCUUUUCAGUUUUGACAAAGUUUGUGGCUUCUAAAUCUGUUUGAGUUGGAAGAUUCUAAGAAACAUAAUGGAUAACAAGUCAUGGCUUUGGAAGAAAAAAUCUGCAGAAAAGAGCUUAGUAGGUGACAAGGCAAACAUUUCUUCGAGCAUAAACGAAGAGGUGUUAACUCAGGCACACCCACUCCUGACUGAGAAAGCUGAACUGGAAAGAGAUAUUAGAAUAUUAAAUGGCAAGCUUUCUUCUGCCCUUGCCGAGCGUAAUGGCAAGGAUGAUUUUGCCAAGAAGCACGUGAAAAUUGCUCGGGAAGCUAUUGCAGGUGAAUACUGUCCAACAAUAUUUUAAUUAUCUUCUUUCUCCCCAGUGUUUUGCGCUGCGCAUAGCUUUUACAUAGAGAAUUUCUUGAAUUUUUGUCUGACUGUU